AAAGCUGAGGUGGCCAAAACCCAAUUUCCUGCAUAACUGAACCAACCUCAAAGAAGUAAAGUGGUAGAUGAUCCAUGGGAGCCUUCUACUUUCAGACUGUGCAAGUGUCACAAGCUUGCCAACACGCAAUUUAUGUUUUCUGCUUUGUUUACUUUCCAUGAGAAGCGCUAAGGUCUAACCUUUUAGUCGGUGAGUGACUUUCUUUAUGGGAGUAAAAGGAAGCUAAGUCAUGAAAUAGCUGCUAUGUGAUUGUUACAAGCUAUCUAGGAUUCAAAGGUCUAAACUAUAGGGUCGAAAUAUUAUUUCAAAAAGGCAAAGAUACUCAAACGUUGAAAAACAACAACAAAAAAAUCCACUCGACACUCUUUCAAUUGAAGUGAUGAAGCCUAAAGAAUUCAUAUAGCAAAAUGGAGAAAAUCAGAAGACCAGCCAUCUAAAAAAUCCUCCACUGGUGAAGUGAUGAAGAACAUUCACUGGCUUAUCCUGAAAUUUGUCAAUUUUGUGACUCUUGGCUGCAUAUGGAUUUCUGUGGUGCAGUGUACAGUUUUAAACAGCUGCCUGAAGUCGUGUGUAUCCAGCCUGGCAAGGCAGCUUGACAUUGGCACACCAUACAACCUGAGUGAACCAUGCAUCCAAGGAUGUCAUUUUUGGAACUCUGUAGAACAGGAAAACUGUGCUUUAAAGUGUAAUGAUACCUAUGCCACCGUUUGUGAGAGAGAGUUCUGUGAAGUUGGUUGCAGUAGUGCAGAAGGUGCAUAUGAAGAGGAAGUACUGGAAAAUACAGACCUUCCUACAGCACCUUUUGCUUCUUCCAUUGGAAACCAUAGUGUGACGUUACGAUGGAAAUCUGCUAACAUUUCUGGAGUAAAAUACAUCAUUCAGUGGAAAUAUGAGCAACUUCCAGGAAGCUGGACCUACACUGAGGCUGUGUCCAAGCUCUCUUAUGAGGUAGAGUCCCUGCAUCCUUUCACUGAAUAUAUUUUUCGAGUGGUUUGGAUCUUCACAGCCCAGCUGCAGUUGUAUUCUCCCCCAAGUCCCAGUUACAGGACACAUCCUUACGGAGUUCCUGAAACUGCUCCAUUCAUUAAGAAUAUUGAAAGUUCAAGUCCGGAUACUGUGGAAGUCAGUUGGGCUCCACCCCAAUUCCCAGGUGGACCUAUUUUGGGUUAUAACUUAAGGUUGAUCAGCAAAAACCAAAAACUAGAUUCAGGAACACAGAGAACCAGUUUCCAGUUUUACUCUACUCUACCAAAUACCACCUACAGGUUUUCUAUUGCAGCAGUAAAUGAAGUUGGUGAGGGGCCAGAAGCAGAAUCUAGUAUUACCACAUCAUCUCUAGCAGUUCAAGAAGAAGAACAGUGGCUCUUUUUAUCCAGAAAAACUUCUCUAAGAAAGAGAUCUUUAAAGCACUUAGUAGAUGAAGCACAUUGCCUUUGGUCAGAUGCUAUACACCAUAAUAUUACAGGAAUAUCAGUUAAUGUCCACCAGCAAGUUGUUUAUUUCUCUGAAGGAGCUCUCAUUUGGGUGAAGGAAGCUGCCAACAUGUCUGAUGUGUCUGACCUGAGAAUUUUUUAUAGAGGUUCAGGAUUAAUUUCUUCCAUCUCUAUAGACUGGCUCUACCAGAGAAUAUAUUUCAUCAUGGAUGGACUGGUAUGUGUCUGUGAUUUAGAAAACUGCUCAAACUUUGAGGAAAUUACUCCACCAUCUAUUAUUGCACCUCAAAAAAUUGUGGCUGACUCCUACAAUGGGUAUGUCUUUUAUCUCCUGAGAGAUGGCCUUUACAGAGUUGACCUCCCUGAGCCACCUGGCAGGGAUGCUAAAGCUGUGCACAUCGUGGCGAGUAGUGCCUUGAAAGACUUUGCUGUCAAGCCACAGUCCAAGAGAAUCAUUUACUUCAAUGACACUGCCCAAGUCUUCAUGUCAACAUUUCUGGAUGGCUCGGCUUCCCAUCUUGUCCUACCUCAGGUCCCCUUUGAUGAUGUGAAGAGCUUUGCUUGUGAAAACAAUGACUUCCUUGUCACCGAUGGCAAGGCCAUUUUCCAACAGGACACUCUCUCUUUUAAUGAGUUCAUUGUGGGAUGUGACCUAAGUCACAUAGAAGAAUUUGGGUUUGGUAACUUGGUUAUCUUUGGCUCAUCCACGCAGCCACACCCUCUACCAGGCCGUCCGCAGGAGAUCUCUGUGCUAUUUGGCUCUCACCAAGCCCUUGUUCAAUGGAAGCCUCCUGCCCUCGCCAUAGGAGCCAGCCCUUCUGCAUGGCAGAACUGGACCUAUGAGGUGAAAGUGUCAUCACAAGACCUUCAUGAGAUCACUCACAUUUUCUCAGACAUAAGUGGGACCAUGCUCAAUGUGCCCAGGCUGCAGAGUGCUACAAAAUACAAGGUUUUUGUGAGAGCAAGUUCUCCCAAGGGACCAGGCCCCUGGUCAGAACCCUCGGUGGGUACUACCUUGGUGCCAGCUACUGAACCACCAUUCAUCAUGGCUGUGAAAGAAGAUAGGCUUUGGAGUAAACCUUUAAAUAAUUUUGGCCCAGGAGAGUUCUUAUCCUCUGACAUAGGAAAUGUGUCAGACAUGGAUUGGUAUAACAACAGCCUCUACUACAGUGAUGUGAAAGGUGAUGUUUAUGUGCGGCUGCUGAGUGGGACGGUUAUCUCUGAGAAUUAUCACAUACCCAACAUUACAGGAGCAAGUGCUUUAGCUUUUGAGUGGCUGGGUCACUUUCUCUACUGGGCUGGAAAGACAUAUGUGAUACAAAGACAGUCAAUGUUGACUGGUCACACAGACAUUGUGACUCAUGUGAAACUACUGGUGAAUGACAUGGUGGUGGAUUCAGUUGGUGGCUAUCUCUAUUGGACCACACUAUACUCUGUUGAAAGCACCAGACUAAAUGGAGAAAGUUCCCUUAUAUUACAGGCACAGCCUUGGUUUUCUGGGAAAAAGGUAAUUGCUCUAACUUUAGACCUCAGUGAUGGGCUCCUAUAUUGGUUGGUUCAGGACAAUCAAUGUAUUCACCUGUACACGGCUGUUCUUCGAGGACAAGGCAGGACUGAGGAUAUCAUCAUCACAGAAUUUGCAGCCUGGAGUACUUCUGAAAUAUCCCAGAAUGCACUCAUGUACUAUAGUGGUCGACUCUUCUGGAUCAAUGGCUUUAGGAUUAUCACAGCUCAGGAAAUAGGUCAGAGAACCAGUGUAUCUGUUUCAGAGCCAGCUAAAUUUAAUCAGUUCACAAUUAUUCAGACAUCUCUCAAGCCUCUGCCAGGGAACUUUUCCUCUACCCCGAAGGUUAUCCCAGAUUCUGUUCAAGAGUCUUCAUUUAGGAUUGAAGGAAAUGCUUCAAAUUUUCAAAUCUUAUGGAAAGCACCUCCUCCUUUGGACUGGGGCAUCGUCUUCUACAGUGUGGAAUUCAGGGCUCAUUCAAAGUUCCUGGCUAGUGAACAACAUCCUUUACCUGUAUUUACUGUGGAAGGGCUGGAGCCCUAUGCCUUAUUUAAUCUUUCUGUCACUCCUUAUACCUACUGGGGAAAGGGCCUCAAAACAUCUCUAUUACUUCGAGCACCUGAAACAGUUCCAUCAGCACCAGAGAACCCCAGAAUAUUUACAUUACCAAGUGGAAAACACCUCAAUAAGAAUGAAGUUGUGAUAGAAUUUAGGUGGAAUAAACCUAAGCAUGAAAAUGGUGUGUUAACAAGAUUUGAAAUUUUUUAUCAUAUAUCCAACCAAAGUGACUUGAACGAUACAUUUAAACAAUGGAUUGCCGUCAACUUAAUUCCUUCAGUGAUGUCCUUUCGACUGGAGGGCAUGAGUCCUGGGUAUAUUGUUGCCUUCCAGGUUCGAGUUUUUACAUCUAAAGGACCUGGACCAUUUUCUGACAUAGUAAAGUCUUAUACAUCAGAAAUCAACCCAUUUCCUUACCUCAUAACUCUUCUUGGCAACAAGAUAGUGCUUUUAGAUAUGGAUCAAAAUCAAGUUGUGUGGACAUUUUCAGCAGAAGGAAACAUCAGUGCCGUAGGCUACACAGCCGAUAAUGAGAUGGGUUAUUAUGUUCAAGGAGACUCACUCUUCCUCCUGAAUUUGCAGAAUCGUUCCAGCUCUGAACUUUUCCGAGAUGCACUGGUUUCUGAUAUCACAAUUAUCACAAUUGACUGGAUUUCAAGACAUCUCUACUUUGUGAAAGAAUCACAAGAUGGAAUCCAAAUAUUUGAUGUGGAUCUUGAACACAAGGUGAAGUAUCCCAGGGAGCUGAAGAUGUGCAAAAGGAAUUCAACAAUAAUUUCUUUUUCUGUAUCUCCUCUUUUAAGUCGCUUGUAUUGGACAGAAGUUUCCGAUUUGGGCUCUCAGAUGUUCUACUACAGUAUUAUCAAUCACACCUUGCACCGCAUUCUGCAACCCACAGCCACAAACAAACAAAAUGGAAGAAGUCAAUGUUCCUGUAAUGUGACUGAAUUUGAGUUAAGUGGAGUGAUGACUAUUGAUACCUCUGAACUAGAGAAGCCACAAAUAUACUUUGCUAAAGGGCAAGAGAUCUGGGCCAUGGAUCUGGAAGGAUGUCAGUGUUGGAGAAUUGUCAUGGUGCCUGCCAUGCUUGCAGAAAAGACACUGGCUAGCCUAACUGUGGGUGGGAAAUUUAUAUAUUGGAUCAUCACAACAAAAGAAAACACCCAGAUUUAUCAAGCAAAGAAAAGAACUGGGGCCAUCCUCUCCCAGGUGGAGGCCCGAUGGAGUAAAUGUAUCUUGGCUUACAGUUCAGUUAUGCAGCCUUUUCCAGAUAAAGCAUUUCUGUCUAUAGCUUCAGAUAUUUCAGGACCAACUAUACUUAAUGCCACUAACACCAGUCUCACAAUCAGAUUACCUCCAGCCAAGACAAAUCUUACUUGGUAUGGCAUCACCAGUCCUACACCAACAUACCUGGUUUACUAUACAGAAGUUAAUGGCAGGAAAAACAGCUCUGACCUGGUGUAUAAAAUGCUGGAGUCUCAGGAGAAUAUAGCUGUUAUUGAAAAUUUACAACCAUUUUCAACAUAUACGAUACAUACAGCUGUAAGGAAUUAUUAUUUGGAUCCUUUGGAACAUUUACCUCUGGGGAAAAAAAUUUCAGGAAAAACUAAAAGUGGAGUGCCAGAGGCAGUUUGGCUCAUUAACACAACCGUGCUGUCAGACACCAGCCUCCUUGUAUCUUGGAGAGAAUCUCACAAGCCAAAUGGACCUGAAGAGUCAGUCCGCUAUCAACUGGAAAUCUCACAUCUGGCCCUAAUUCCUGAGACUCCUCUAAGACAAAGUGAAUUUCCAAGUGCCAGGCUUUGUCUCCUAGUCACUACACUGUCUGGUGGACAACAAUAUGUGUUAAAGGUUCUGGCCUGCCAUUCCAAGGAAAUGUGGUGUGCUGAAAGUCAUCCUGUCACUGUCAAAAUGUUUGACACACCAGAGAAACCGUAUGCCUUGGUCCCAGAAAACACCAGUUUGCAGUUAGAUUGGAAGGCUCCACCUGAUGUUAGCCUCAUUAGAUUUUGGUUUGAACUCCAGAAGUGGAGAUGCAAUGAGUUUUACCAUGUCGAAGCUUCAUGCAGCAAAGGUCCUGCUUAUGUCUGUAACAUCACAGAUCUGCAACCUCAUACUUCCUAUGAUGUCCGAGUAGUGGUGGUUUAUACGACAGGAGAAAACAGCACCUCACUUCCAGAGAACUUCAAGACAAAAGCUGGAGUCCCAAGUAAACCAGGCAUUCCCAAAUUAUUAGAGGGAAGUAAAGAUUCAAUACAGUGGGAAAAAGCUGAAGAUAAUGGAAGUAGACUUAUGUACUACAUCCUUGAGAUCAGGGAGAACACUUCAAAUGAUUCAAAAAACCAAAAUUUAAGGUGGAAGAUGGCAUUUAAUGGAUCCUGCAGUAGCCUUUGCACAUGGAAGUCCAAAAACCUGAAAGGAACUUUUCAGUUUAGAGUAGUAGCUGCAAAUAGUCUUGGAUUUGGUGAAUACAGUGGAAUCAGUGAGAAUAUUAUACUAGUUGGAGAUGGUUAUUGGAUACCAGAAGCAAGUUUUGUACUUGUCACUGUGGUUGGAGUAUUUCUGGUUGUUACAAUCCCAUUGACAUUUGUGUGGCACAGAAAGUUCAAGAAUCCAAAAACUUCCAAGGAAGGCCUGACAGUUCUCCUAAACGAAGACAAGGAGUUGGCAGAGCUGCGAGGCCUGGCAGCUGGGGUGGGACUGGCUAACGCCUGCUAUGCAAUACAUACUCUUCCGACCCAAGAGGAGAUUGAAAAUCUUCCUGCUUUCCCUCGGGAGAAACUGACCCUGCGCCUCUUAUUGGGAAGUGGAGCUUUUGGAGAAGUGUAUGAAGGGACAGCCGUAGACAUCUUAGGAGAUGGAAGUGGAGAAAUCAAAGUGGCAGUGAAGACCUUGAAGAAGGGCUCCACAGACCAGGAGAAAAUUGAAUUCCUGAAGGAAGCACAUCUGAUGAGCAAGUUCAAUCAUCCCAACAUUCUGAAGCAGCUUGGAGUUUGUCUGCUGAAUGAACCUCAGUACAUUAUCCUGGAACUGAUGGAAGGAGGUGACCUUUUAACCUAUUUGCGUAAAGCCCGGAUGACAACGCUUCAUGGUCCUUUACUCAACUUGGUUGACCUGGUAGAUGUGUGUGUAGAUAUUUCAAAAGGCUGUGUCUACUUGGAGCAGAUGCACUUCAUUCACAGGGAUCUGGCAGCUCGGAAUUGCCUUGUGUCUGUGAAAGACUAUACCAGUCCUUCGCGGAUAGUAAAGAUUGGGGACUUUGGACUUGCAAGGGACAUCUAUAAAAAUGAUUAUUAUAGAAAGAGAGGGGAAGGCCUGCUCCCCGUUCGGUGGAUGGCUCCAGAAAGUUUGAUGGAUGGAAUCUUCACUACUCAGUCUGAUGUAUGGUCUUUUGGAAUUCUGAUUUGGGAGAUUUUAACUCUUGGUCACCAGCCUUAUCCAGCUCAUUCCAACCUUGAUGUUUUAAACUAUGUGCAAACAGGAGGGAGACUGGAACCACCAAGAAAUUGUCCUGAUGAUCUGUGGAAUUUAAUGACCCAAUGCUGGGCUCAAGAACCCGAGGAAAGGCCUACUUUCCAGAAAAUUCAAGACCAGCUUCAGUUAUUCAGAAAUUUUUCCUUAAGUAGUAUUUCUCAGUGCAGAGAUGAGGCAAACUCCAGUGGAGUCCUAAAUGAAGGCUUUGAAGGUGAAGAUGGCAAUAUAACUAGUUUGAAUUCAGAUGACGUUAUGCCAGCUGCUUUAAUGGAAACCAAGAACCAAGAAGGGUUAAACUAUAUGGUCCUUGCCACAGAAUGCAGUCAAGGUGCAAAAAAUUCAGAGGGUCCUCUCUGCCCCAAGGAAUCUGAAUCUUGUGGUCUGAGGAAAGAAGAGAAGGAACCACAUGCAGACAAAGAUUUCUGCCAAGAAAAACAAGUGGCUUACUGCCCUCCUGGCAAGCUCGAAGGCUUGAACUAUGCCUGUCUCGCUCACAGUGGAUAUGGAGAUGGGUCUGAUUAAUUGUGCUGCCUGGGAAAUCAGAGUUGAGAGAAACACACCCACUGAGUGGUUACAGAAAGAAAAGAAUGGUAGAUGUGGUGGUGGGCUGACUCUAAUUUAAUACUGAAAGUUCCUUAGUUCUAGUCUGGGUUCUGAGAGCCUUUUGGUUUCAUUUGCUGCAAUCCCUAUACCAACAGCCUAACCUUCAGUGGAAUUAUGGGGUGAAUAACCAUGUGUGUGGAAAGCCCAGGAAGAGACAUUAAGUCUGGAAACAAAACACUGCUGUCCUCUCCCAUGCAGUCCUUGAAGAUAUCACCUACCCUUCAGCCUGGGCUGCAGUUAAAAAUUUUGAGACAGAAAUAGGUCAGUUCAGGGACGUGAAGGAAGAAGCACACUGAGGGGCCCACUCAGUUACAGAUUGUCUCAAAGAGAACUGAGGAAAUUAUUACUGAUGUCUACACAUACAGGAGGAGCCAGCACUGGUGAUAUAAGAAUCAUUUGGAAAGCUAUCACUCCAAUAAACUAUCUUUAAUCAUGACUAUAAAAUUUUUGUAUUUUGGAAGCUUAAAAGAGUAGCUUCAGACAUAUUGAAAACAGGACCAUGAAGAUCUUUGAGUCUUAAAGUUGAGCAUUCUGCAAUCUCUGGAUUGCAUAAAAAUUGUCCUGUGACUAGUGUGCUAUUAUGAAAAUUAACUAAUAUAAAGAUUGUUUGGAGGGCUGGGAGUAUGGCUCAGUAGUAGAGAACUUGCCUAGCAUGUGUAGUUCUGGGUUUCAUCCCCAGCACUGCAAAAACCCAAAACAAGUCAGAACAAAAAUAUAACAAUAACAAAAGAAAAAGAAAGAAAAAAAUUGUUUUUAUUUGCCAUGUCUAUUUUUAUGCAUAAAAUCCUUAAGGUUGUGUCUAGUAUCAUCCUUGAAAUUAAGAAAUGUGAUUAUAUAAUGUUAAUUCAAACUACAUGAUUUUUAACAAUGGUAUAAAAUAAUAAAUUCUUACAUGAGAACUAUUUUAAAAAUUCUUCAG